UCUACUGUAAAUCUUUUUUUUUUUGGAAUAAUGUGAAACUUGUGUAUUACAACGUACAUUUAUUAUAUAAGCUAGAUUUAAUAAUAGAUUAGGUAGAAAGUGAGCUGAAAGAUUUGUAAAAAAAGUCAUAUCUAUUUAGGGCUUGUUUGAGUAUUGAAUUUUCUACCCAAAAUGCCAACUUUUUAAAGGGGAAAACGCUGCUUAUAUAGCAGUGUGUUGGGGUACAAACCACCAAAAACCAAACUACCCCUUAGCUAAUGGCUACUACUGUUGGAGGUAUUGGUCCUACCAAGGCCUCCCUUCCAUUUUAUUAUUGACUUGCACCCAUGUUUACUCCCACUUUGAUACCUUCUUUUGAAUCUCUCCUAACCAAUUAUAUGGCCAUUUUGACUUAUGUGGAGUGACCCCAAAUGAGUUGUCCGCUGCCUCCUCCUUUGUCUUUGUUUCACCCGUGAGUGUCCUUUAGUGUUGGCCAGUCUAUUAUUUAGCAGCUCUCUUCUUCCUUGUGAGCUUGUCCUGCGUGAGAGAAAAUCCAGAGAGCAGACCCCUUCUCCUUUCCUUUGUGUGUAAGUUGAGAGAGGCACCUUAGUGGUGGAGAUAAAACAUGGUGUUGUGUUAUGGUCUAGCCUAGGGUGGUGUAUGUGAGCCUAUUGGGGAGGUUGUAGACCUGAGCCGGAAAGAAAUCGACUCCCAACAGUGGUAUCAGAGCUUGUGUUGUCGUCGCCGUUGAUUUAGCCGGAUUCUGCCCUCCGCCGCCGUCCGCCGCCGUGCUCCGCCGUACGCCGGCCGCCGCCGUUUCGAGGUCUAGAGGACUGUUACUCGUGGCUGGAGGUCCGCUCGCCACUGAGAAGCCUCGCUGGUGCUUUAGCCAACCAAAUCCGUCCGUCCGUCAUUUGUUGAAUUCGGAGCUCGUGGGUGAAGGUCGCCGCCGGAGCCGCCGUCCUCCGUCGCAACUGGUUGCCAUCGCAGAGAGCUCAUAGAAAUCCGAGUGUAGCUAGGUUGUUGAGCUCCUUCGUCGUUGGAGCCUCCGUCCACCUAGAUUUCGUAUCCGGAAAAGAUCGAGGCCUGGAUUUUGGAUUUGAAGACCGUCGUCUGCGAGCUAAGGACUGUAAUUGCGCAGAAGCUGGAGCGGAGGGUUUGAAAAGGAGGCAUUCACACGUGGAGUUAGUGGACUUUGGGCUGCUCAUUUGUUGGGCUGCUCAUUUGUUGCGUAGAAAGGUUGGAAAAUAACAAGGGAAGGAAGGAGUUGUCUGCUCAACUUGGCCUGGACUUGGAGCAGAGGAGUUUCGGUCAACUGCUCAGUCAAACAUGGUCAACGGAUAGUCAACAGGCAGUCCACUCCAGUCAAACCUUCCUAAAAAAAAUCCCAAUUUUUAAAAUUGGGUGGGUAAGGUCGAAACGCCUCUCCUAGGGUUUCGCUCCGGUAUUUUGACUUUUAUCCCUUUUAUCGCUUUUGUAGUGAUUUUUUAAUCUUUUAUUGUGUAGAAAUUAUGUUUUAGGUUUAUUACUGUUUUUAAAUUGAUUGAAUUGUUGUAUUGUGUUUGUGCUGAAAAUUUAUUAUUUAUUUGUGCUUAUACGGAAGAACAAGGGGUUUGAACUUGAGUUUGGUGCUCAUUAAUACUCCCCACGUAUUCGUGCUAGUUGCUCCGUAUAGUUGUAGCCUUAUAAAUAUUUAAAUUGUUUUUCAGCGAAAUUUACAUUUUAUUUUGUUGCUUGUUUUUCUAUGUGAAAAUGUCUGCUUAUAAUCAGUAUGGUAUGGCUCCAUUUAAUGGAAAAUCUGAUUUUAGCAUUUGGAAGCAAAAAAUUAAAUGUAUUUUAAUACAACAAAAAUGUUUUAAAGCAGUUGGCGAAACCUAUUUAAUUUCUGACACAGAAGAGAAAAGGGCUGAAAUGAAUGAAAAUGCAUGUUCUGUGAUUUAUUUGAACUUAUCUGACUCUGUGAUUAGAAAAGUUGGAAUUUUAGAGAGUGCUAAAAUUCUGUGGAAUAAAUUGAAUGAACUGUAUACUGAGACCUCUUUGCCUAACCGGAUAUUUUUACUUGAGAAAUUCUUCAAAUUUAGACUAGAUAUGUCUAUAGAUAUUGAAGAAAAUCUAGAUGUUUUUACCAAACUUAUUUCGGAUAUUAAGUUGUGUGGUGAUAAGCAUAUAGAUGAUUAUUCUCCCAUUGCUCUUUUAAAUGCUAUUCCUGAUUCCUUUAGUGAUGUGAAAUCUGCUAUUAAGUAUGGUAGAGAUAAUGUGACUCUUGACAUUGUGGUUAAUGGUCUUAAGAGUAAGGAAUUAGAUUUAAAACAGAUGGGUGAGGGUAGAAAAUCCGAGGAAGUUAUGCAUGUGAGGGGUAGAGAAAAUAAUAGUAGACGACAUAGAUCUAAGUCUAGGUCUAAUUCGAGACGUUGCUAUUAUUGUCAUGAACCUGGUCAUUUCAUAAGAGACUGUCCUAAAUCUAGGAAAAAUGAGCAUAGUGAGCAUGCUAAUUUGACUACGUGUGAAGAUGAUUUAGGUGAUGUUUUUAUGACAAAUCUAUGUGAUUAUGACUACUUGAGUUCUGUGAUAUCUGAUUCUUUGGGUAAAUCAGAUUGGGUGGUAGAUUCUGGUUGUAGUUUUCACAUGUCCCCUUUGAAAAAUGUGUUUUCAAACUAUAGAGAGAUUGAGCAUGGCUUUGUGUCUUUAGCAAAUGAGAAGAAAUGCAAUGUGCUAGGAAUAGGAGAUGUAUGCCUUAGGUUUUCUUCUGGUUAUGUGCUUACUUUGAAGAAUGUUAGGCAUGUUCCUGAGCUAUGCUGUAAUUUGCUAUCUUGUGCAUCUCUUGAAAAUGAUGGUUUGAAGGGAAAAUGGGGAAAGGGAAUCAUGAAAGUUGUGAAGGGUUGCUUAGUUGUUUUCAAAGCUGAGAUGAAAAACAACUUGUAUGUUUGUCAUGCUGAACCCCUACUUGAUUCUGUGAAUUGUGUGCAACCCUGUGUGCUAGGAAAACAAUCUAGAGUUGGUUUUCCUGAUCUGCCUAAGUGUACUAAUGUGCUUGAUUGUAUUCAUGCUGACUUGUGGGGUCCUUAUAGUGUUUCCACUCAUGGUGGGAAAAAUUAUUUUCUGACGUUGAUUGAUGAUUUUUCAAAGAAAGUGUGGGUUUUGUUGAUUGAAAAUAAAUCUGAAGUUUUUGAUAAGUUUAAAAACUGGAAAACCCUUGUUGAAAAACAAACCGGUAAGAAAAUAAAUUUUUUAAGGACCACUGUCAGUUUUGAUUUCUAUGAUGAUCAGCUUGGUGAUUUAUGUGAUACUUGGGGUAUUUCUAUGCAUAAAUCUGUUCCCUCCACACCCCAACCGGAUGGGGUUGCUGAGAGGAUGGUUAGAACUUUAUUAGAGAGGGUGAGGGCUAUGUUAGCUUCAUCUGGGCUCUCUAAUAAGUUCUGGGGGGAAGCUAUUUGUUAUGCUGUUGAUUUGGUUAAUCUGUCCCCGUCUGUUCCCUUAGGAGGGAAAUGCCCUGAAUCUGUGUUCAUGGGCAAACCACUUGACUUGCCAAAUUUGAGAGUGUUUGGUUGUGCUGCUUAUGUGAAUCGUCUGAAUGUUAAAUCUGAACCUAGGACUAAGGAAUAUGUUUUCUUAGGAUAUCAUGAUUGCAUGAAAGGUUAUAGGCUUUGGUGUAGGAGUGAAACUUGCUUCAAUGUGUUGAUGAGUAGAAAUGUCAUUUUUGUUGAAAAUGAAUUUCCUUGCCUGCUUGUUUCUCCUGAUGUUGCUCCAAAUGAGGUGGAGCAUUUGCCUGUUGAAGUUCAUUCCGAUUUACUUGUUGAAACCAAACUCAAAUUUGUGGAUGAAAAUGUUUUUCAUGGUGAAAAUAGAGAAAAUAAUAUUUCUAUUAAGGUGGAGCAUGAUGUGAAUGUUGUGUGCAAUAUGCUUGAGUUGCGUGAUUGCCAUGUUAUUAGAGAUAGAGACAUUAGGAAGCAUGUGAGAAGUUAUAUGUGCAAUGUGUUUGACUAUAUUUCCUCUGAGUUUGCUUUAAAUGUGCUUAAUUCUCUUUUAAUUAAAAUCUUUGUGAUAUUUGGUAUGCUAUUUUCUUUGUGUUUUGAAAAUGUGAUACCAAGUGAUUAUGUGAGCUCUACCUGUGCUAGUUAUAGAAAUAAUAUUGUUUCUUUUAUUUUCUUUGUGCUUGUUAUGUGUGGUUGUUGGAUUAGUUGGAAUCCCCAACUUCUCUCGGAUGCUUGCUUGCGUGGUCUAUUAACAUAUGUUGUGCUUGUUAAUAGUUUUGUGAUGGUUUUGGUUCUGAACUCGAGGACCGAUUGGUAGAGUUCAGUCCAUCGUGAAGUGGAUUUGCAUGGUAAGCUUGGUCCGAAAGGGAACUUUGGUUCUCAUCUAUUACUUGUAUGAUCGCAAUGAUGUACUUGUAAUAAUCCGGCGAUGAUGAGUCUCACAACUUUGUAUUGCUACUCUACACCACCUAGGACCAAUAAGGUGGAGAAUGUUGGAGGUAUUGGUCCUACCAAGGCCUCCCUUCCAUUUUAUUAUUGACUUGCACCCAUGUUUACUCCCACUUUGAUACCUUCUUUUGAAUCUCUCCUAACCAAUUAUAUGGCCAUUUUGACUUAUGUGGAGUGACCCCAAAUGAGUUGUCCGCUGCCUCCUCCUUUGUCUUUGUUUCACCCGUGAGUGUCCUUUAGUGUUGGCCAGUCUAUUAUUUAGCAGCUCUCUUCUUCCUUGUGAGCUUGUCCUGCGUGAGAGAAAAUCCAGAGAGCAGACCCCUUCUCCUUUCCUUUGUGUGUAAGUUGAGAGAGGCACCUUAGUGGUGGAGAUAAAACAUGGUGUUGUGUUAUGGUCUAGCCUAGGGUGGUGUAUGUGAGCCUAUUGGGGAGGUUGUAGACCUGAGCCGGAAAGAAAUCGACUCCCAACAACUACGAAAGUGCAUUAUUGAAUACAAAAGUCUACCGUAAAUAAUACUUCGUAAUUAAGUAGAAAUCACACAUUCCUCAUAUUAAAUGUUUACCCUUUAAUGUAACUAUGUAAGAUUAUUUAAUAUAGGUGAAUUGAGGUAAAGAAAUUCUAAAUUAGUACGUCAAAAUUAAGUUGCUAAAAUUUAGGUAUACAAUCAUAUACUCCGUAUAAUAUUAUAUUAGUUUAGAACUUCAUUUCUUUAUAUCCAUGACCAAACUGUUUCACAUUGUUUUGCACUGUUUGACACUGUUUUGAUGUAGAAUAAUUUUCCAUUUAUGGAAAUGAGAAGAUCAUUUUGGGACGGCUAAAAUGAGAAGAUUCCCGAGUUCAACUUUUCUUGUUUGCACGCUUUCUCAUAUAUUGUGAAUGCAAUAUGACGGUCGCGGGCAGACUGGUUGCCAGCUCAUUGCUUCUGCGUUUGAAGUUUUGAACCUUAUUACAAAUGUACACGUGUUGUUUUUAGCUUUGGUACAUGUGGAUAUUCUAAGAAAUUGUUCACAUACAUUGAUGCCGUAAGUAUUUUGUUUUGAUGUUUGGUUACAUAGCUGCCUAAUAAAUCACUUUAACCACAUGUACCUAAAAUUGCAUUAGAUAUGAAGUUUACUUUUAAACUACAAAAGAGUCGUUACAUUGUUUUAUAAAAGUAUAAAAGUAUUUUACCAUGCACUCCUUCCAAUCCUCCAUGUAAAAUAUUUUAGAUGACAUUAAUGCAAAAUGUUUUAAAAAUAUAAUGAGCAACGUUAUUAAGGAGAUAAAGAGCCGAUGCUCCGAUAUUUCCUAGGGCGUAAGCCGCUAGGCCUCUUCUUCCAAUUUCGAUCGCUACGAUCGAAGAUCGGGUUUCCUUUGUUUGUUUCGAUUUUAAACAGAGAGACCACAGGCGGCCGGCAAGAGUCGUGCGGUUUGGUUGUGGUGACGAAUACCGUAAAAGCAGUUUUGGAUCGUGAUCUUGCUCGGGUUAUGGACUCCUCGCUUGUGUCACUGGUUUCGAUUGGGAAGGUAAGCAUGGAUUCCUGGUUCAUUCGCGCUAUAAUCAUGGGGAUUAAGAAGAUGUCAAUGGAAAUAGUGGUGGUGAGUUUGCAAGGAAUGUUUCAAGAUGAAGGGUUGAUGAUCCGUCCCCCUCCUGAGCCACCACCGAGGCGUUGGAUGGUGGUGGGGAAGAAAACUUGUCAUGGUGUUUUUAUUAUUGUCUGCUUUGGUUAUCUUAAUUUAGGUUGUUUUAUUAUGUUUGUUUUUUGUGUUUUCAUUCCUUGUAAGAUUCUUGCAUUAAGGUUGGGGGAGGGAAAGUCUGUGGUAACCAUCAUUGGCUUUAAGUUGCCAAUUUUGGUGUAGCGAGUUAUACUGCUUUUUUACAGGUGGUUAGCUCUCAGUCUCGGCCACGGGCGGAUGGUUAUUUGUGGUUCUUUUCUAGUUUUGUACCCUUGCUGAAUGCUAUUUUUAUGAAUUAAGCCUUCUUCAAGUAAAAAAAAAAAUAUAAUGAGCUACGUUUUAUAUUAAAUGAUUAAAUGAUGGAAACAAACGACUCUAACUUUAUAGAUCAUACGUUUCAUACUAAUUAUUUGGCAUGCCUUCAAAGUGUCAUAAAUAUUAUACUGUAUUAAGUGUAAUUCUGCAUCUUUUGUUUUCGCUCCUCUUUGGGUUUUGGUAAUUCAUGUAAAGGCUCCAUCUUUUAAUAAAAUUUGGUAAAUGUUGCUCAACAUUUACCGCACCAAGGGGUGUUUUCUUUGAGGAUUAAAAAAAUUAUACUGUAUUAAGUUAUACGGAGUACAUUUUAUGAAGAUAUGACCCACUUAAGUAUAUCUAAAUCUAAAAUCUUAUAAUACUCAAUGAGGGUUAGCAGUUAGGGCAUUUUAGGGAUGGUAAAAAAUCUUGGUGUAGUCUUCCAGCUUUAUGAGGUUGUGCACUGUGUUCUAAUAUUUGUACUCUUCUAACGGAACUUCUUCUCCCGUUUUAUUCCCGUCUAAUGGCUCCGUUCAUUUGCACCUCUUAACUCAACCUCAAACGACCUCCCAGCUUCAGACGACAUGCACAUGCCUUCGUCUCUCUCUCUCACCACCUCGUCCCACCCGCGCCAUAACAUCAGCAGCUUCUCUCGUUGUUUCUGUUUUGUCGUGCCAACCGUCCAGGUAUGUUUCAAUUCCGUUUCUCCGUUUUUACUCAACUCUGUACAUCUCCUUCCUCGUUAAUAUCCCAUAUUAUUAUGUUAUUGAUUACCUUUGAACUGAACCCAUUGCGUUAGAUCUUCAUUUUGAAGAAGGGGGCCUUAAACGUGAAGUGAUUAACUUGAAAAUGAAAUUCAGACACAUUCAAUGCCACGGCCGUUAUUACAUUAACCCUUUAAGCUUUCCCUACUUUGUUUUUCUGCAAUUUGAUUGACAUUAUUUUUCCAUACGAUAUGCCAUUUUUACAUAUGGGUAGUAUGCCAUUAAGAGGAUUUCCUAACUAAGGGCCAACUAAAUGUCAAGAUGUUAAACCUUAUGGUUGAUUAAGUUGAGUAAAUAAAAUCGUAUGUUCAAAGUCUAUGGCCAGAGGCCUACAACAUUGAAAGAAGUAGAAAUGCUCAAAGAUACCUCCACAGAAACUACCUCCAUAGAAAUUACCACAACUGGUAGUAUAAAUAUUGCUCCUGGGAAGCCUAUAUAUAGGUCUUUUUGGAUGUAAAUUUACUGUUUUACAUAGAAUAACUGAUAAAAUAAAUAUCGCUCCUUUCAAGUAUAUAGAACACAAAAAUGAUACUUGUGAAACAUCCUACACUUCAACUAAUUUCAAAGACUGAUUGAAGGGGCAUUUUAUGUUUUCCUGAAAAGUUACUUCAUACAUAUGGAAUGAUACCAAAGAGUUAAUUUAAAACUUCAAAAAAGUAAAAAACUUCAGAAUAGUUAAUAUAAAUGAGAAGUUCGUAUUUAGACACGCAUUUGAUGCGUGUUGGGAUCGGCUUUUGAUGGUUUUCCUAGCUUUAAGGUGUUACAUGUCUCAAUUUUAGCUCAAGUUAUGUUUAACAGGCGUUGGUUCGAGUUUUGUGUCAUUUGGAGUCAAAAUCAGAGAAUUUGAGCCCGGCACCGACGCUUGAGAAGCAAUCGGGAUGAGUUGAGAAGCAUUCGAGAUUGAUUUGAGAGUUUUGGAGGUCACCGGGAGGUUCACGAUGAAGUUUUGAUGAAGGAAGAGCUUUUGGAUCGACCAUGGAUGUAUCCGGGAGCGAACGGGGAAGAAAAUAGCAAGAAAAAGGUUCUGUUCCUCUAGAAGGCUAAAAUGAUAUAUGCUCUCUUUUCAUUGUACUUGCUGCAACCCAAAAGAGAUGAUGAGUUCGCUAUAGUACGAGAGUGUAUUAGAAAGAAGGAGACUGGAGGCAAGCUACACUGAACGCAUUUUUUAUUGGAUUCAUGCCGUACAAUUUAUUUUUUAUGUUUGCAACUAAGAGUAGAAUUAAAUUUUGUUACUCUCUAUUUCAUUCUUUCUUUUCGGCUAAAAAGGAUGCGUGUUUCAGUGUGCUGAACUAAAGAAAGCGUUCAAAAAACUUCCUAGAGUCCAGCAUCUUUAUGCGCGAUUGUCCGGGAGGAUUCAAAGUGAAGAUGAUGAGGUAUGUUUGAAACAUGGUUAAUACGACAAAGGCCUGCCAAAUUGAAAUGAGGUCAAAUUUUUAAAACUCUCGGAAUAUAGUUUGUGGGUUAGUGGGUGUAUGUACUAUGAAAAAUGGUUGUACCUUUUCUUCUCACUUCAAAUUUUAUUUCACUUUUGUUCUUUUUGCAUGGAGUUUGAAUCUCAUAACGGCCCUACAAGUAUACUCUAUAUAUCCACAUAAUAUUGGGCAUUUACUUGAUCACGCAAUGCGCGAAUAAUGUACUAGUGUACACAUAUGAGAAAAUUUGGUUCACGUGAGAAAUGAUAACAAAUC